GUUAAAAUCCAAGAACUUCCGCUGCAAUAUGUACUCACCACCGAUAUCUAAGCAGAUGCGGCGAAAAUCCCCGGCACUCAAGACCGUAAAAUAAAACUAAAAAUGCCCCCUCCGAAAAAAGGAAAAACUGACAUUGAAACGAAAUCAAUCUCGAUGUUAUGCGGCUUCAAGGUCGGACUCAGGUGUCCAAUCCCCCUACAACAACCCACGAACUACACCACAGAGAUGUCAAUGUUCCCCGGCGAUCUUCAGUCGCACGUUUGCUACUCAUCAUUCACUCAAGAAUUCUAAUAAAUGUGCUGGUGAAUUAUUCCGAGUCAUUCCCACUAGAGUAGUCGACAAACUUCUUAUCAUAUUCCUCAUCCAUCCGUAGCUCCCUCCAGUUGCAUUUCUCACGUGCCUUAUCAAUUGAGUCUGACACUCUCGAGGAGAUUAAACUAGUUUAUCGCUGAAUUUUCUGUGAGAACCUGGAGAUAUUCAUUUUAUAUUGAAAUAUCCAACAUGGCUGAUCCUACGAUACAAACUUUCUGCUGUCACCACAACAAUAAAACGGAUAUGUCUGUUAUUAUUAUGCAGGAAUUUAAUCCAGAUGUAUAUAAUACGGUUUGUAUAUUAUCUUCAGCUAUGGGAAUACUCGGUGCUGUUUACCAGAUAUUACCGAGGGAAGAGACGACGUAUCAGCAUCGAUGGCAGACGUUUUCGGGAUCGAGGGGAACGGAAAUCAUCAUCUGGCUGGCAGUUGCUGACCUGUUUGCAUCAUUUGGUGUUUUCAUCAGAUCUGCCUUAUGGCUGAAGUACAAAACAAUAAUGCCAGGGCAGAGCGAUACAUCUAGUGUACUUUUUUGUGCAGUGUCUUCCGCCUGGAGUCAGUACUUUUACAUGGCCACAUGGAUCUGGACUUUGUGUUACGCGAUUGAUAUGAAAUUACUCCUGGGAGAACGACCUGGACAUCCGUGGUGGUACCAUGUAGCAGCCUGGAUAUGUCCAGCUCUACUAACUGCCUUUGGAUUGAGCAUUCUUUACUUUCCCGACGCUAAGAUUUUUUGUUUCAGUUGUCACGAAGCAACAACACUUUCCACAGCGAUAUUGAGAAUUCUCCCAAACUACUGUGCAACUUAUAUGCUCCUCGCAGUAGUCAUGAUCGUAAAUCCAAUACUUUACGUUGCCUCAACACGAGACCUGGAAACCGCCGUCACCUGCAGUCUCUCGCAAAUGACAGGAAGAGAGCGAAAACUUGUGAAAACGAUCAGAUUAAAGUUUGCACUCAUAAAUAUUGUUUACUACCUCUGUUGGCUGCCGAAUCUCAUAAAUGGAGUUUUAUUAUGGAGUUUAUGGUUCAAGUUACCAGUGAAAAUUAUCAUCACUCUCUGGUAUAUUAUGGCUGUCACCAACCCUCUCCAGGCAUUUUUCAACGCCCUGGUCUAUCAUAGAUGGGGCAAAAGACAAAAAUUUAGUAGUUGGUGCAGAAGAUUAUUCCCAUGUGGUACCAUGGACCAAUCAAGAGACCAUUGUGGUGAGCUCAAUGAAGUUUCACCAUUAGUCACUCCACAAUACGGCUGCUGCACACCUCACACCAGCAUCAAUGGGUCAUCUUCAUUAUGAGAAUUAUUAUGAAGACUGUGAUACUUAGGAAUUAUGCAAUUGAUAAAGUAUUAACGAUACUCUGGGAUAAAUCAAUAAAUCUUUUUUCAUUUUUGUAAUAGAUAAGUUUUGUGUUCGCUUUUGUUAAUGGCUAACAGGAUGAUCGACACGAAUAAUUGACUUAUUAUUGUGUCCAAUGUAAAUGGUAUAGUUCAAAUUUAUAAAUUUGUAAUUAAUCAUGAAAAUUCUACUCUACUGCUACCGAGUUUCUAGUACUUUUUGAAAUAAAAUACUUUCUGGAGA